CAGUGAACAGCCCAGCUGCGAUAUAAGCAAGUCACUCAGGCCCCGGGAGCUGCCGCGACAGCUGGGCGGGUGGCGUGGGACAUCGCGCCGUGACCUGAGCCGUGCCCUUCGCCUCGACGCCGGACCCCAUGGCGACGCCUUCGCAGAAAAGGAGCACCCGCAGCGGGGCUUCGGGGACCCCCUUGUCCCCCACACGCAUCACCCGGCUACAGGAGAAGGAGGACCUGCAGGAGCUCAAUGACCGCUUGGCCGUGUACAUCGACAAGGUGCGCUCGCUGGAGCUGGAGAACGCCGGCCUGCGGCUCCGCAUCACCGAGUCCGAGGAGGUGGUGAGCCGCGAGGUCUCGGGCAUCAAGGCUGCCUACGAGUCGGAGCUGGCGGAUGCCCGCAAGACCUUGGAUUCGGUGGCUAAGGAGAGAGCUCGGCUGCAGCUGGAGCUCAGUAAAGUGCGGGAGGAGCACAAGGAGCUGAAAGCCCGGAAUGCCAAGAAGGAAGGGGACCUGCUGACUGCCCAGGCACGCCUCAAGGAUGUGGAGGCUUUGCUUAAUUCCAAGGAAGCUGCGCUCUCCACGGCCCUGGGUGAGAAGAGGAAUCUGGAAAAUGAAGUGCGGGACCUGAGGGGACAGGUGGCCAAGCUGGAAAGCGCCUUGGGUGAAGCCAAGAAGCAGCUGCAGGACGAGAUGCUGCGCCGCGUGGACGCCGAGAACCGGCUGCAGACCCUGAAGGAGGAGCUGGAAUUCCAGAAGAACAUCUACAGCGAGGAGCUGCGGGAGACCAAGCGGCGCCACGAGACGCGGCUGGUGGAGAUCGACAACGGGCGGCAGCGGGAGUUUGAGAGCAAGCUCUCGGAGGCCCUGCAGGAGCUGCGCAGCCAGCACGAAGCCCAGAUCAGGCUUUACAAGGAGGAACUGGAGAAAACCUACGGGGCGAAGGUGAGCAGCUUCCCCACGCCGCUCUCCUCUCCCUUCAGCCCCGAAGAGCGUGGGUGGGCUGUGGGUGCUGAGAUGCUGACGGCCUUGUCCUGUCCCCAGCUGGAGAAUGCCAAGCAGUCAGCUGAGAGGAACAGCAACAUGGUGGGUGCUGCCCACGAGGAGCUGCAGCAGACCCGUAUCCGCAUCGACAACCUCUCCUCGGAAGUCAGCCAGCUGCAGAAGCAGCUGGCUGCCAAGGAGGCGAAGCUGCACGACCUGGAGGACAUCCUGGCCAGGGAACGCGAGACCAACCGGCGCCUGCUGUCCGACAAGGAGCGGGAGAUGGCCGAGAUGCGGGCGCGCAUGCAGCAGCAGCUGGAUGAGUACCAGGAGCUGCUGGACAUCAAGCUGGCUCUGGAUAUGGAGAUCAACGCCUACCGCAAGCUGCUGGAGGGCGAGGAGGAGCGGCUGAGGCUGUCCCCCAGCCCUUCAUCCCACAAAGGUGCAUCCCGAAGCCACCUGUCCACCCCAGGCUCCUCCAAGAAGCGGAAGCUGGAGGACAGUGAGAGCCGGACCAGCUUCUCCCACCACGCCCGGACCAGUGGCCGUGUUGGCGUGGAGGAGGUGGACUUGGAGGGCAAGUUCGUCCGUCUCAGGAACAAGUCCAACGAGGACCAGGCCAUGGGGAACUGGCAGAUCAAGAGGCAAAAUGGGGAUGAUCCCCCCCUUACCUACCGCUUCCCCCCAAAGUUCACCCUGAAGGCUGGCCAGGUGGUCACGAUCUGGGCCUCAGGAGCUGGAGCAACCCACAGCCCCCCCAGUAAUUUGGUGUGGAAAGCCCAGAGCAGCUGGGGCUCCGGGGACAGCCUGCGCACCGCCCUCAUCAACUCCAACGGGGAGGAAGUGGCCAUGAGGAAACUGGUGCGCACUGUGAUCAUCAAUGAUGAUGAGGACGAGGAUGAUGAUGAAAUGAGCAUCCACCACCGCCACCACCAUGGCUGCAGUGGCUCUGGGGACCCUGGCGAGUACAACCUGCGCUCCCGCACCGUGGUCUGUGGCACGUGUGGCCAGCCAGCUGACAAGUCGGGCUCCCAGAACGCCGGCAUCAACACCAUGUCCUCGGGCUCGUCCACCUCCAGCGUGACCGUCACCCGCAGCUACCGCAGCAUGGGCGACUCUGGCAUCGGCCUCGGGGACAGCCUGGUGUCCAGGAACUACCUCCUGGGGAGCUCCAGCCCCCGCAGGCAGGCUCAGGCUGUGCAGAACUGCAGCAUCAUGUAAUUCCAUGGCGCAUUCCUGUGGUUCCUGCCCGUCUCCAGCUAGGUUUGUUUUUUUUUCCCAAAGCAACAGAAUUUUUUUUCCCUUAAAAAACCGAGAUAUCGAAAACCAAGGUUGUUUUUUUUUUGUUUUCUAUAGCAGGAAUUUUAUAUAUAUAUAUAUUAAAAGUGCUAAAAGAUGCUUUGAUUUUUUUUUGUAAAGAAAAAAUCUAUUUCUAUAUAAAAAAAACCAAACCAAAAAAUAGCUUUUCAGCUUCAAAUAUUUUUUAGAACUUCAGCCAAAGACAGCAAAGAACUGUGUUUACACAGCAGCCAUGCAGGAGGAGUUUGUAGCUGAAAUGCUCCUUCGAUUGUACCUUUUUUGCCAAAGCUUUUUACGUAGGACAGGGAGAAGUGCAGCCAUACCCACUGGAGCUGCGUGCCACAGGGGCUGCUGUCCUGUCUCAAGUGGAGCACAGUGCCUUUACAACCCUUUUUCUUGGGAUCUGAAGCCAAAAUUCCCUUUUUUUCUCUUUUUUGAGUUGUGAUUCCUGGCGGUGCUGGCGCGGGGGCUCCUGGCAGCUCGCGGGCGAUGCCCACGUCUCUCUGUGGCCAUUGCCCCCUCCCCAGCCCCCUGCCCGCCUGCACCCCGUGCUCUAUGUACUGUAUUCCCCGUAUUCCCCAUCCCAGGCACCUCUUGCCCUUUUUCUUCAUCAGCCAAGUUGUGCCUUAGCUGAGGUGGGGGCCGGGCUGGGAGCCCCACUGGAGCCCAGCUGAGUGGAGAUGGAGCAGGGCAAGUGAAAACACCGGAGCUGCGUUUUGGGACCAGAUGGAUUUGACAGCUGGGGUGAUGGACCUCGGUCCCACAAGCUCAGCCCCAGCAGGGCCCCCCAGGCCCCCUCUUUGAGAGCCACUGCAUCCAGAGGGGCUCACCCCCACACUGAUCCAGAGGGGCUCAUCCCCCCUGCAUCCAGAGGGGUUCAUCCCCCACUGCAUCCAGAGGGGUUCAUCCCCCCCAGAGGGGUUCAUCCCCCCAGAGGGGUUCACCCCAGAGAGGGGUUCACCCCACCUUCCCUUGGCUGCAGUUACUCAGGCUCAUCUCUGGUGGCCAGAGCUCAGGAGCUGUUUCAGGGAUUAAGAGGAAGAUGCUCAGUCCAGGUCAGAGCUGGUUUGCCAGGAAAGCAUCUAGGAAGGCUUUUUGUUCGAGUGAGGUGGAUUUUGGGGUCUGGUGGAUGCAGCUUCCCCCUUGGCAGGAGUCCUCCUCCAGCCAUUGGCAGAUCUCUUGGCUUUUUGCCUUGAUUGGGAAACACCUGCAGCCCCCCCUGACCUCAAGUGCAGCAGAGGGGUGGGGCUGGAGAAGGUUCCAGGACAAGCCCCCCACUCCAGUGGGUUUUGGGGAGGUCGUGUAUGUAUCUAUGCUUGCAAAGCUUCUGUAUUACUGCCUGUAUUUUCUUCCAGAGUCAAAAUACAGCUGAACCCUUCCCA